GGCGGGGCUGGCGGAGCGCGGAGCAGACGGCGGGGCCGCACCAUGGGCCGGGGCUGCUGGCGGCUGCUGGGCGUCGUGUGGCUGCUGCGGCUCGCCGCGAGCCAGGAGCCCGACGGCCCCGCGGGGAGGUGUGACACCAUCUACAAGGGCUUCGCCGGCUGCCUCAUCAGCCUGGGGGAGAGCAUGGCCCAGAACGUGCGGCAGCAGCGGGAGGAGAGCGGCCAGGACGUGCAGGAGCUGGACACCAUCUGCAAGUCCUGGGACGACUUCCACGCGUGUGCCAACGAAGUGCUGUCGAGCUGCCCCGAGGACGCAGCCGCCAUCUGGGAGUCGCUGCGCCAGGAAUCCCGCAAGAUCCAGUUCCAGGGGAACCUGCAGGAGCUGUGCAGCGGCCGGGGCUCGCCCCCCGCACAGACCAACCCGGCUACGCUGCGGGGCUGGGCGGCCGCGCCGCGCCCGUGCCCGCCGGCGCUGCUGCUGCUGCCGCUGCUGCUCCCGCUGCUGCUGGCCCGUCACUAGCGCUGCCCGUCCCCCCGGGCAGCCCCGCGGGGCAGCGGCCUCUCCCGCAGCCACACAGAUGGAUUUAUAUUUAUAUUAAAAGACGCUUUUACAUUUG